AUGCCUCGUACAUUUGAAGAAGAGUGUGGUUUUAUCGAACGAGUUUCACAAUGCAAGUUCAAAAUCAAGAAAGGGUUUGUUCCAAACAUGAAUGUGGAGUGCCGGUUCUACGUCAACAAGAAAUUGGAAGAACAAAUGUUUGAAGAAUUACGAUUGAUUCGGAUAGCGUUUUGUCUUCUGCUUUUAGGUGUUGGUGGAUUUCUGCCUGCUGUUCGUCAACUAGCAAAUGUUGCUGCUCUGCCUGGUAUCGUAGGGCACUCGAUUGGCUUACCCGACAUUCAUUCAGGUUAUGGGUUUUCGAUUGGAAACAUUGCUGCAUUUGAUGUCUCGAACAAAGAAUCCGUGAUCUCACCAGGGGGUGUUGGAUUUGACAUAAAUUGCGGAGUUCGCUUGAUUCGUACGAAUCUCUUCGAGGAGGAUGUGACACCGGUGAAGGAACAGCUAACUCAGGCCUUGUUCGAUUACAUUCCUGUUGGAGUCGGCUCACGAGGUGCCAUUCCAAUGUCAGCAUCUGAUCUCGUUGAUUGCCUUGAAAUGGGAAUAGAUUGGACGUUACGAGAAGGUUAUUCAUGGGCUGAAGACAAGGAGCACUGUGAAGAAUAUGGUCGAAUGCUUCAAGCUGAUGCCACUAAGGUUUCAACUAGAGCGAAGAAGCGUGGACUUCCGCAGCUUGGUACCCUGGGGGCUGGAAAUCAUUACGCUGAAGUACAAGUGGUUGAUGAAGUUUUCGACAAACAUGCAGCAGCAAAAAUGGGCAUUGGUGAUGUAGGACAAGUGGUGGUGAUGUUGCACUGCGGUAGUCGUGGACUUGGUCACCAAGUAGCCACUGAUGCGCUGGUAGAAAUGGAAAAAGCAAUGGCACGAGACGGCAUAGUUGUGAACGACAGGCAAUUAGCAUGCGCUCGUAUCAGCUCUAGUGAAGGUCAGGAUUAUUUAAAAGGAAUGGCUGCUGCUGCGAAUUUUGCAUGGGUGAAUCGGUCAUGUAUGACGUUUUGUGUAAGACAGGCAUUUGCAAAUACGUUUAAAAUGCAACCAGACGAUUUGGACAUGCAAUUAAUCUACGAUGUUUCUCACAACGUGGCAAAAAUGGAAGAGCACCUUGUAGACGGUCGACCAACGCAGCUCUGUGUGCACCGAAAAGGAGCGACACGUGCUUUCCCACCGCAUCAUCCCCUGAUCCCCAUUGACUACCAACUGACUGGGCAGCCUGUAUUGAUCGGAGGUAGUAUGGGUACAUGCAGCUAUGUGCUAACAGGAACAGAACGAGGCAUGGUUGAAGCUUAUGGUACCACCUGUCACGGAGCGGGUCGCGCGUUAUCACGAUCGAAAUCACGUCAGAAAAUACCAUGGAACGAGGUGAUUGAUAACUUGAAGAAGAAAGGUAUCUCGAUUCGUUUGGCUUCUCCAAAACUCAUUAUGGAAGAAGCUCCGGAAUCAUAUAAAGACGUCACCGAUGUCGUGAAUACGUGUGAUAUUGCUGGUAUCAGUAAAAAAUCCGUCAAACUACGACCUAUCGCAGUCAUUAAAGGCUAA